CGGCGCUCCUAUCGGACCUGAUGUGGGGCCCGUGCGCUGGCGGCAAGUUGGCGGCAGGUGAGUAAGCCACGACGAGUCAACGAUCCUCCUGCCAGCUUAGCGCGUCAGCCACCAAAUGCCGCGAUGAUGUGGCCUCCGCCAUGAACGCGCAUCUGCGGUGAACAAUAUUUAUAUAUGCCUCAUUUAAUUAGGUGGCGGAACACCGUGACCUUUCCUAUCCCAUCAUCAUGUUCUCACGACUGGCUUCAUUGUACACAGAAUUCAAGCCUCCAAAGCCGAAAUAUUCGGCUGCCGAUAUACCUGACCUAGCGGGAAAGGUGAUGCUAGUAACGGGCGGAGCUUCAGGAAUAGGCAAGGAAACGGCAAAGGCAUUACUAGAACAUAACGCCAAGGUGUACAUCGGAGCCCGUGACGAAGAAAAGGCUCAGGUGGCAAUCGAUGAGCUCCGCUCGACAACGGGAAAAGAAGCCCACUUCUUAAAAGUGGACCUGGCCGAUCUCAAUUCUGUGAAAGCUGCAGCUGAACAGUUCACAAGUCAGGAGACCCAACUUCACGUCCUUUACAACAACGCCGGCUUGCUUGCACCUCCUGUAACGGAAGUCAGCGCGCAAAAUUAUGAUCUCCAAUUCGCUACCCAUGUCCUCGGACCCUUCUACUUGACUAAACUUCUUCUUCCCCUCCUAGUAUCCACCGCUCAGACGACGCCAGAGAAGAAGGUCCGUGUAGUCAAUACAUCAUCCAUCGCCCAUGUUCUGCGCAGCCUCGAUUUCGCGACCUUUAAGGACGGCCCCAAGCGGAGGAAGAUGUAUACAGAUAUGUUGUAUGCUCAAAGCAAAUACGGAGUGAUAGUUCUCUCCAGUGAACUCGCACGGCGGUAUGGUUCUCAAGGUAUUGUCACGACCACCCUGCACCCGGGGUGCAUCAAGACAAAUCUCCACCACAACGUUCCACCUGCCGUUGCUGCUAGGCACGGUCAAUAUCCAGCCGAUAUGGGGGCACUAACAAUGUUGUGGGCUGGCACCUCUUCCGAGGGAGCUGAAUUGAACGGCAAGUAUCUCAUUCCAUGGGCUCGAGUCGGGAUAGCUAGUAAGGGCACUCAAGAUCCCGAACUUGGUCUGAAACUCUGGGAAUAUUUAGAAGAGCAAGUCAAGGUCUAUUAAAUCACGGUCUCCCAUCUGGAUACCAUGUUUACACUAAAUACGUACUCAUUCAGUGCUGGGUUUAGAAAAAAGUUAAUCAUGGUUCUCUAUAAUGUAAUUGAGCUUGAUGAAGCGUGCUUUAGUACAACCAGGCACCUAGCCCACCUUAACGUGCGGACCCAU